CGUCUACGUGAGACCACAACGUGCUCUCACAAAGAAGAUUGGAGGGAUCCCCUAUAAAGGGAAAUAGCCGUUUAGAAGCCCUAGAAUGGCGGACGAGCGAGAUUUGAGGGGCUUGCGAUUGCCAGCUCGCGCGCCCAGCAAUCCCGGCUAGCAGGAAUGUGGGCGCCGAUGAGGGCUCUGAUGGGGUAACUUUUCCCCUUUUUUCUUCUUCUUUCUUAGCUCCCGUCAGGUACAAGCCGAUUGCGAGGGCCGGAUGGCUGGCUCUAGGCUGGAGGAGCUCGCGAUGGCUGGCUAUUCGAGCGCGGGCGCUAGCAAUGUGGGUGGCGAUGAGGGGGAUAAGCCGGUCGCGAGGGCCGGAUGGCUGACUCGCUCGCCAGCAGCAAUUCGGGUGCAUGCAUCAAAGCCAUUGCCGGAUUGUCAAAACCUCUGUGUCCAGGGCUGCUCGAGCGAUUACUAUGCCCUGCCUCCUUGGCCAGCUUUCUUUAGAAGUUUUGUUUCCCUAGAGAGUUCUUUGUUGCCUGAUGAAUGUGAUGAUUCCAUUCUUGUUUGUUUUUCUUGGAGAGGCUCACUCUCACAAUGACUCCCCUUAGACAUGUAACAAAGCCAAAGCUGGAGUUGCGGGUGUAAUUCAUGUGCUUGAGUUUUCAAACCAUUCCACCUUGAUAACUUGCUGAGAAAUCAACCUCCGUGUAGCCUUCAAGAAAUAAAUGCAAUGCUAUAGAUAAUGUU